GACCCCUCCCCUGCUCGCGGCUUCUGACUCCAGCGCCCGGCGCGCCAAGGCGGCUAUCGAGCGAGCGAGCGUGCAGCCGCCGCCGCCCCGAGCACCCGCAGCUCCGGCGCCGCGGCGAGACCGGAGGAGAACCCACCGACCGACGGACCCUCGCAGCCGCGGCAUCCCGGAGGAGAACAUGCUUGCCAAUUCAGCCAGUGUGCGGAUUCUCAUCAAGGGAGGCAAGGUUGUGAAUGAUGACUGCACCCACGAGGCUGAUGUCUACAUUGAGAAUGGCAUCAUCCAGCAGGUGGGCCGUGAGCUCAUGAUCCCCGGAGGGGCCAAGGUGAUUGAUGCCACUGGGAAACUGGUGAUCCCUGGAGGCAUCGACACCAGCACCCACUUCCACCAGACCUUCAUGAACGCCACAUGCGUGGACGACUUCUACCACGGGACCAAGGCAGCACUAGUUGGAGGUACCACCAUGAUCAUCGGCCAUGUUCUGCCUGACAAGGAGACCUCCCUUGUGGAUGCCUACGAGAAGUGCCGGGGUCUGGCUGACCCCAAGGUCUGCUGUGACUACGCCCUCCAUGUGGGGAUCCCCUGGUGGGCACCCAAGGUGAAAGCAGAAAUGGAGACCCUGGUGAGGGAGAAGGGUGUCAACUCGUUCCAGAUGUUCAUGACCUACAAGGACUUGUACAUGCUUCGGGACAGCGAACUGUACCAAGUGUUGCACGCUUGCAAGGAUAUUGGGGCGAUCGCCCGGGUCCAUGCUGAAAAUGGGGAGCUCGUGGCCGAGGGUGCAAAGGAGGCGCUAGAUUUGGGUAUCACAGGCCCAGAAGGAAUUGAGAUCAGCCGUCCAGAGGAGCUGGAAGCAGAAGCCACUCACCGAGUUAUCACCAUUGCAAACAGAACUCACUGUCCCAUCUACCUGGUCAACGUGUCCAGCAUCUCGGCCGGUGACGUUAUUGCAGCUGCUAAGAUGCAAGGGAAGGUCGUGCUGGCCGAGACCACCACCGCGCAUGCCACACUGACGGGCUUACACUACUACCACCAGGACUGGUCCCACGCAGCCGCCUACGUCACAGUGCCUCCCCUGAGACUGGACACCAACACCUCAACCUACCUCAUGAGCCUGCUGGCCAAUGAUACUCUGAACAUUGUGGCGUCAGAUCACCGGCCUUUCACCACGAAGCAGAAAGCUAUGGGCAAGGAGGACUUCACCAAGAUCCCACACGGCGUGAGCGGCGUGCAGGACCGCAUGAGCGUCAUCUGGGAGAGAGGAGUGGUUGGAGGAAAGAUGGAUGAGAACCGUUUUGUGGCUGUUACCAGUUCCAAUGCAGCGAAGAUUCUCAACCUGUAUCCCCGCAAGGGCCGCAUCAUCCCUGGAGCCGAUGCCGACGUGGUGGUGUGGGACCCAGAAGCUACAAAGACCAUCUCAGCCAGCACCCAGGUGCAGGGAGGAGACUUCAACCUGUACGAGAACAUGCGCUGCCAUGGUGUCCCACUGGUCACCAUCAGCCGGGGGCGGGUCGUGUACGAGAACGGCGUCUUCAUGUGCGCUGAGGGCACCGGCAAGUUCUGCCCCUUGAGGUCCUUCCCAGACACUGUCUACAAGAAGCUGGUCCAGAGAGAAAAGACCUUAAAGGUGAAGGGAGUGGACCGCACUCCCUACCUGGGGGAUGUAGCUGUCGUUGUGCAUCCUGGGAAAAAAGAGAUGGGAACGCCACUCGCAGACACUCCUACCCGGCCUGUUACCCGGCACGGAGGCAUGAGGGACCUUCAUGAAUCCAGCUUCAGCCUCUCUGGUUCUCAGAUCGAUGACCAUGUUCCAAAGCGAGCCUCAGCUCGGAUCCUCGCUCCCCCCGGAGGCAGGUCAAGUGGCAUUUGGUAAAGGCACUGACCAGCCCCCCAAGUGAAGAUGCACCGCUGCCACCAGCCCACACGCCCUCCGGCCACAGCUGCAGGGGGCGGGAGAGGCUGGGCUGGGCAGCGCACCACCUGAGGGGGCCCCGGGACACGGGGAGCCCUCCCCAUGUCUGACACGUGAUUCACUGUGCUUCGAGCCGACCCUAACAGGCACUUUGAGAUGUGUUCCUCCUGCUGCAGUCCUUUCCUGCCUUGGCCUCGGCAGGCUUCCCGGGGGCCCAUGCUAUGCACAGAGCCCAAUGCAUAGAGCCUGGCCCCGCCCCUCCUCUCACACCCACCUCUGGGCUGGCCUUGGGAAAGCCCGACCUUAGUGCCCUGCCCCUGGCUGACCCGCCAGCUGUCCAGAGCACUUUAGCAGAUGUGUUUUAAAAGAAAAGGACUCCCUCCCCCAUCCCCUUCGGCCCAGUGGUCACUUUCCCCAAGUCAGACCGGUGUUAGCAUCCCAGCCAUGCCCAGGACAUCCCGUUUUUCCCCACUCAUCUCCCGCCCCUGUUUGGUUGUGGCUGGGACACUCUGCGCCCUUUGCCAGCUGCUUCCUCUCUGCCACCCCCCGGGAG